UCAAAAACCUCUCGGAGCUAUGGCCGCCGUUGAAGCAGAGCACCAAAACAGAGCAGACGAAACCGACGAGAUCUCCUUCAAAGAUGGCGACUCCGACAUCUGCCAGCAGCUCAUGGACCGUUACGCUAAGUCCUCCGCCUCCCAGCACCGCCACCUCGUCGCCACCGCCGCCGCAAUGCGUUCGAUUCUCACGUCGGAGUCUCUUCCUCCGUCUCCUCCUGCUUUCUUCGCAGCCGCUAUAUCCUCUUUGGAUUCUUCCACGGAGGAUCCCAUGGCGGUUUCUGCUUUGCUUACGUUUUUGUCAAUAGUCGUUCCUCUGGUUCCCGACGGAGGAAUCUCAGCGACUAUGGCUCGUGAGGCUGUGGGUGUUCUUGUGAAGCCAAUUGAUGGAGAAGGGCAGAAGCUAGGUGUUGCUAGCUUGAGAGCUGGUGUGAAGUGUAUUGGGACUUUGCUUGUUGGGUUUUGCGAUUUGGAUGAUUGGGAAUCUAUUCGAAUUGGGUUUGGUUCACUUCUCAAAUUCUCUAUUGAUAAACGUCCAAAGGUCAGAAGAUGCGCUCAAGAGUGUUUGGAGAAGCUAUUUGGUUCUCUCCUGUCAUCUACCGUUAUCAAGGAAGCAAGUGAUACGUUAUACGCUUUAGUUAAAGAACAUAAGUCUGUUCUGUCUGAACUAAGCUCGAAAAAGAUUGUGGAAGGUUCUAAGGUUGAGUCGGCUUUGAAAUCUGAGAACGCAGAGGCUGCACAUGUGCUAAAUGUUCUCAGUGCUACAGUUCCUUUUCUCUCUGCGGAAGUUAGUUCUUGUGUUUUCUCGGAACUUUGUAAGCUUAUGGGGUCUCAGUUCUCGCCGCUGACGAGGCAGAUUCUCAAAGCGAUUGAUACUAUCUUCAAGAGUUCAGAAGAUACAGUUGUUGUUCCUGAGAUUGAAGGAGUCAUAACUUCUUUGACUGGUUAUGUAUCUUUACAAGAGAAGAAUCCUGCUGACACUGUCCUUCAUGUGAGUACCUUGUUAAAAAAUGCUUUGGAGAAAGCCAACUCAGUGGAACCGACAUUGUGUCUAAGGCAACUUCCACUAGUUUGUGGGUCAUUGACAGGUCUUCUGACUUCCGAGGAAGAUGUUGCAUCCCAGGCCUCAGUUAUAUUAAAAGAUUUGAUCAGCAGCUACAUUGAUACUGAUAAUCUUCUGACCGAGAAAAGCUUGUCUAGUGAAGAUGAGGGUAACUUAGCCGGUGGAGACAAUAUAAAUGCAGCAAGAAGUGUAUGCACUGUCUUUGAGAGUACACUUAACUCAUGUGAUGGAAUUCCAAAGGAGCACAUUUUAACUGUCACAGGUCUUUUGAUUGAGAAACUUGGAGGCAUUUCAUAUAUUCUCGCAAAGGAUAUCAUUUUAAAGCUUGCAGACAUGAUGAAAAACGCAGCUGGAGGCACUUCUAGCUCACAAUAUGUUCAACAAUGCAUUGGGGCUGCAGUGGUUGCCAUGGGGCCAGUGAAGCUACUAACACUUCUUCCUAUCACCCUUCAUGCUGAGAGUCACUCAUGCACAAAUGCUUGGCUAAUUCCUAUCUUAAGAAGACAUAUUGUUGGGGCAUCUCUUGAGUAUUACGUUGACCACAUUGUUCCCCUUGCAAAAUCAUUGAUGCUUACUUCUAAAGAAGCUAAAAAGUCAGGUCACGGGAAAACGUUGCGGACAUGUGGUCAUGAGCUGCUGAAACUGUUACCUGCCUUUUGUAACUACCCAAUUGAUGUGCCCCAGAAAUUUGGAUCUUUAGUGAAGCUGAUGGUUAAGUUUAUAAAGAAAAAAUCUUUCAUGCAUGAAGCCGUGGCCGUUUCUCUGCAGAUGCUUGUAAAUCAGAAUAAAAGAAAACCUAAGCUCAGUACAGAUAUGGACGACGAAGAAAACGCCAAUAUAAGUGAAGAUGCUAAACCAGAGGUUGAUAGUAGAUUUCACUAUUCGAAGAAGGCUUCAGUGAAAAACAUGAAGACUUUGGCAUCCAGCUCGGCGGAGCUGCUUCAAACUCUUGUCGAUGUAUUAACUGCCUCAGGCACGCAGAUCAGUGCAGACUUUAAGGUUGCAAUUGGAUGCUUAGCUUCUACUCUGGAUUCUUCAGUGAGGAAAAAGAUUCUAAUUUCCUUGCUAAAUAAGUUUGAUCCUGCUGGUGAGAGCGAAAUUAAAGGGCAGGUCAAUCAGUCUAAUGAUUCAAAUGAUGAAGAGAAAGACUACAACAGUGCUACAAAGACACAGUUAAAGAGGAGUGCUGUCCUGGAUCUUGCAUCUUCAUUUGUGGAAGGAGCCAAAGAAGACCUUAUUGAACUGAUAUAUAAUCUCGUCCGCCAAAGUUUCCAAGCCACUGAUGAGGCUGAUCUUCGUGGGGCUUAUAAUACACUGAGUAGAAUUCUAGAGGAACAUGGCUGGUUUUGUUCAUCUCAUUUUGCAGAGGUCAUAGAGAUGUUACUCAGCCAUAAAACUCCGGAGGAUGAAGCAUCUUCUAAAAGUCGAUUUGCAUGUUUCCACGUCCUAAUGGCUCAUGGAAUUCAGUCAAGCUCCGAGGAGGAGAAUGAGAAGGCUUUCCUUAUCCUGAACGAAAUGAUCCUUACACUUAAAGAUGGGAAAGAAGAACAUAGGAAAGCAGCUUGUGAUGCACUGGUUAUGGUAUAUACCACCUUGAAAAAUUCAUCAUCUAUGAACAGUGAUGAACUUUGUCCCAAACUGAUUAACAUGAUAAGUGGUUACAUUUCUGGAACAUCACCACACAUAAGGAGUGGAGCAGUGUCUGCGUUAUCUGUCUUGAUAUACAAAGACCCUGAGAUCUGCCUGUCGUCACCGGAGCUUCUUUCCUCUGUUUUAUCAUUGCUUCACACCAAAUCCAUUGAGAUUAUAAAAGCUGUUUUGGGUUUUGUGAAAGUUUUAGUCUCGACAUCGCAAGCUCAGGACUUGCAGAGUCUACUGCAGAACCUCUUAUAUGAGAUCCUCCCCUGGUCAUCUGUUUCCAGACACUACUUUAAAUCAAAGGUAACGAUCAUAGUUGAGAUUAUGAUAAGGAAGUGUGGUACCCGUGCAGUCCAACUAGCGACACCAGACAAGCACAAGAGUUUCCUCCAGACAGUUUUAGAGAACCGUUCGAGCAAAGCAAAAGACAAAGACGAAACCAAUGAUUCACAGACUACAUCCAUCGACUCCUCGAGAGAGCCAAGGAAAAGAAAUCAUUCAUCAGAAACAACAGCCAAACAAGACGGUGGCAAAGAACACAACAAAUUCAAACGUCAUAAGAGCACACAUCAUUCAGACACUAACGGAAGAACAGGACCAAAGCGCCCCGGUAACAGAAACUUCGGCAAACAUAGGGUAGCUUCUGGAAACAAUCACAAGUCAGGAAAAGACACACGGAAGCCUAACAGAUUCAGGAAAGCAUCAUGAAUCCUAUAAUCUCAGUCAGUAAACAGUUUUGCAGUUUUCAGAUAUCAGAAACCAAACAUAUGGUGUGUAUGUAUACGUUUUGUAGAUUAUACACAUCAAUAUUUUUCAAAGAUUAGUAUUUUUUUUUUAA